AGCGGGGGGAAAGGGGCCGAGAACUAGGCGGCGGCGGCGGGGACGGCGGAGGAGCUCUGCGCUCUCUCCAGAUCGCGACUCUGCCUUUAUCCUCUUCCUCCUCUCUCGCCCCUGCCCCGGCAGGAGCCUCCGUGCGUUCUGAGGCGGGGAAGCGUCGAGGCGGCGGGGGGAGCGGCGGCGGCAGCAUCCCCCAACCCAAUCGGGACUAGUUUAGUACGAGAGCCGGCGCCUGUCCAGCCUGCGAGGAAGGAGAGGGAGAGAGGGGCCGGGUGGCAGGCGGCGCUCCUUCUCCAGCCGCGGGGAGGGGGUCUGCAACCCCCCGGGGGGCUCCGUGCGAGCUCGGGCUUAACAAUGGUGAAGGGAGCCGGCGUGACCCGGCGGCGGUAGAGGAAGUGGGCAGGGUCCGGGGUGGGGUUUCGGAGGCGGGAGCCGCCCCCCGCCGCCCCCCGCCCCCCGGAGGUCCUCCCGCUGGAGUUUGCCACACUUGGAGGUCCCCCUUUCCGCGUCUGACCGCGCUCGGCAGCUGAGUCCGGCCGGAGAUGGUGCCGGCCCCUGGGUUAACCCAGUAGUCGGCUUCCAGCUCCCUCGCCCCCUCCGAGCGAGCGCCUCCCCUCACCUCCCGCCGCCGCCGCCGCUGCCGGGAACCCCGGCGUGCGGGAGCAGGAAACUGCCUCGGCGACGACCGUGGUUUGUGACCAUUGAACAGAACUUGCCCGUUUUCCAACCUCCGUCCCCCGGAACGACCGGAUAAUGUCCACCCCGAGCAGAUUCAAAAAGGACAAAGAAAUCAUAGCCGAGUAUGAAAGUCAAGUCAAAGAAAUUCGAGCUCAGCUGAUAGAACAGCAGAAAUGCCUGGAACAGCAAACUGAGAUGCGGGUACAGCUCCUGCAGGACCUACAAGAUUUCUUCCGCAAAAAAGCUGAAAUUGAGACUGAAUACUCCCGCAACCUGGAGAAGUUAGCAGAGAGAUUCAUGGCUAAAACAAGAAGCACAAAAGAUCACCAGCAAUACAAGAAAGACCAGAACCUUUUAUCUCCAGUGAAUUGCUGGUAUUUACUCCUGAACCAAGUAAGAAGAGAAAGCAAGGACCAUGCAACAUUAAGUGAUAUCUAUCUGAACAAUGUCAUCAUGCGCUUUAUGCAGAUAAGUGAGGAUUCUACCAGAAUGUUUAAAAAGAGUAAAGAGAUUGCAUUCCAGCUUCAUGAAGAUCUAAUGAAAGUUCUUAACGAGCUGUAUACGGUCAUGAAAACAUAUCACAUGUAUCAUGCAGAAAGUAUCAGUGCAGAGAGCAAAUUAAAAGAAGCAGAAAAACAGGAAGAAAAGCAAAUUGGGCGGUCCGGGGACCCAGUUUUUCACAUUCGACUAGAAGAGAGACAUCAGAGGAGGAGUUCUGUGAAGAAGAUUGAGAAAAUGAAAGAGAAGUUCCUAUAUCUUCAUUCACAGCGACAGGCAAAGUAUUCAGAAAAUAAAUUAAAAUCCAUCAAAGCACGAAAUGAGUAUCUCCUAACCCUAGAAGCAACAAAUGCCUCCGUGUUCAAGUAUUAUAUCCAUGACCUCUCAGAUUUAAUCGAUUGCUGUGAUCUUGGAUACCAUGCCAGUCUGAACAGAGCCCUAAGAACAUAUCUCUCUGCAGAGUAUAACCUUGAAACCUCCAGACAUGAAGGCCUGGAUAUCAUAGAGAAUGCAGUUGAUAAUUUAGAGCCUCGGAGUGAUAAACAGAGAUUCAUGGAGAUGUACCCUGCUGCCUUCUGCCCACCAAUGAAAUUUGAGUUUCAGUCUCACAUGGGUGAUGAGGUCUGUCAGGUAAGCGCCCAGCAGCCAGUGCAAGCCGAACUCAUGCUCAGGUAUCAACAGCUUCAAUCACGACUGGCUACACUCAAAAUCGAGAAUGAGGAGGUUAAAAAAACAACGGAAGCCACGUUACAAACAAUACAGGACAUGGUCACCAUUGAGGAUUAUGAUGUCUCAGAAUGCUUCCAGCACAGUCGGUCCACAGAGUCCGUGAAAUCUACUGUCUCAGAAACAUACUUGAGUAAACCCAGCAUUGCUAAAAGAAGAGCCAAUCAGCAGGAAACUGAGCAGUUUUAUUUCAUGAAAUUCAGAGAAUACCUGGAAGGCAGUAAUCUCAUCACAAAACUUCAAGCCAAACAUGAUUUGCUGCAAAGGACACUGGGAGAAGGUCACAGAGCUGAAUAUAUGACUACAAGGCCUCCAAAUGUUCCCCCUAAGCCCCAGAAACACAGGAAGCCCAGACCCCGAUCACAGUAUAAUGCUAAGUUGUUUAAUGGGGAUUUGGAAACAUUCGUCAAGGAUUCAGGGCAAGUCAUCCCCCUCAUUGUAGAAAGCUGCAUCAGAUUUAUCAAUCUAUAUGGGCUUCAGCAUCAGGGGAUUUUCAGAGUGUCUGGCUCCCAGGUGGAAGUCAAUGACAUUAAAAAUUCAUUUGAGAGAGGUGAAAAUCCUUUGACUGAUGACCAAAGUAACCAUGACAUUAACUCAGUUGCAGGAGUUCUGAAACUCUUUUUCCGCGGGCUGGAAAACCCCCUCUUUCCUAAGGAAAGAUUCAAUGAUCUUAUUUCUUGUGUCAGAAUAGAUAAUCUCUAUGAGAGGGCUCUUCACAUCCGUAAACUCCUCCUCACCUUGCCCAGAUCGAUCCUUAUCGUGAUGAGGUACCUUUUUGCUUUCCUCAACCACCUCUCACAAUACAGUGAUGAGAACAUGAUGGACCCUUAUAACCUGGCCAUUUGUUUUGGGCCAACACUAAUGCCUGUUCCAGAAAUACAGGACCAGGUGUCUUGCCAGGCUCACGUGAAUGAAAUCAUCAAAACUAUCAUCAUCCACCAUGAGACUAUUUUCCCAGAUGUUAAAGAGCUGGAUGGUCCAGUUUAUGAAAAGUGCAUGGCUGGAGAUGACUACUGUGACAGUCCAUAUAGUGAGCACGGUACUUUGGAAGAAGUGGAUCAGGAUGCUGGUACAGAGCCCCACACCAGUGAAGAUGAAUGUGAACCCAUUGAAGCAAUAGCCAAGUUUGACUACGUUGGGAGGUCUGCUCGAGAACUGUCCUUCAAGAAGGGAGCCUCACUGCUUUUAUAUCACCGAGCCUCCGAGGACUGGUGGGAGGGACGACACAAUGGAAUUGAUGGCCUAGUACCUCAUCAGUACAUUGUGGUACAGGAUAUGGAUGAUACCUUUUCUGAUACACUGAGCCAAAAAGCAGAUAGUGAAGCCAGCAGUGGGCCCGUUACAGAAGAUAAGUGUUCCUCCAAAGACAUGAACUCCCCAACUGACCGUCAUCCUGAUGUAUAUUUAGCCAGACAAAGAAAAAGGGCUGAGCCCCCCCUUCCUUCGAGGCGUCCUGGCAGGACCAGUGAUGGCCACUGCCCUAUCCACCCAUCCCACUCUCUGUCCAACUCCUCGGCCGAGCUUGGGUCCCCUAAUCUGUCCAGCCACUGCAGCCCUCGAGCCCUGUUGCAGAACCGCAGCCUCAACAACGAUAGCCCCGAGAGGAGGCGCAGACCUGGCCACGGCAGCCUGACCAACAUUAGCAGACAUGAUUCUCUAAAGAAGAUAGACAGUCCUCCCAUUCGGAGAUCAACAUCAUCGGGCCAGUACUCAGGCUUCAACGACCACAAACCUCUGGACCCAGAGACGAUUGCUCAGGAUAUUGAGGAGACAAUGAACACCGCUUUGAACGAACUCCGAGAGCUGGAAAGGCAGAGUUCAGCAAAGCACGCCCCAGACGUGGUGCUGGAUACCUUGGAACAAAUGAAAAAUUCCCCCACUCCUGCCUCUUCCACUGAAUCCCUCAGUCCUCUCCAUAAUGUGAUGCUCAGGAGCACCGAGCCGCAGAUCCGACGCAGCACGAGCUCUUCCAGUGACACAAUGAGUACUUUCAAGCCCAUGGUGGCCCCCAGGAUGGGAGUACAGUUGAAGCCCCCAGCUCUUAGGCCAAAACCUAUUGUUCUUCCAAAAACAAAUCCCACCAUAGGACCCACACCUCCUUCCCAAGGUCCAACAGACAAAUCGUGCACGAUGUAAAACAAACAAAAACAUGAUCCAGAAGAUAGAAAAAAAAUGGUUGAAAAAAGGAAUGGAUUUGGGGGGGGGGGGGAAAUCAAGGCUUCUUGUCUUCAUGAGUUUUGUGCUUAUAACUGGAGAUACUGGCUUUUCUGUCUUUUUGAAUGUAAUGUCUGAGACUUGCUACAUUAACACAGGCAUUUGUA